AUGCUCCUCCGCGCCGCCCUCCUCGGCCACCUCGCACAUGCCCUCGUCGCCCCGCCGCGCCUCAUCAGGCCGCGCCUGCACCUCGCUUCAACCACAACCGAAACCAAGGGCGACAGUACAGUAGAGACGCUCGCCCGCAGCGUGCAGAUUGGUGCUGUGGGCGGCACCAUCAUCGCCGGGUUCCGCAAAUGCGUGGACACGUUGCAUGGGGACGUCUUCUUCAAGGGUUUGAGUUUUGACGUCUGCGCCAAGGACCCGAAGUUCAUCCUCGGGCCCGUUAUUGGCGCGCUGAUCGUCGGUAAAGCGCUGCAGGGGGGCAAGACCGUCGCACAACUCAAAGACGUCACACUGCGGAGAGAACCGCUGAAGAAGCGGGACCAGGCGACGCGCGGCGCCGCGGCUGCCUUGACGCUCGGAAGCGGCUGCUCUUUGGGUCCGGAGGGGCCCUGCGUCGAGCUGGGUGCCGCGACGGGCCAGUGGGCGGCGUCCCAAGGCGGCAAGCCAAACGCGCUGGCCGCGGCCGGCGUCGCCGCCGGCGUCGCGGCAGGUUUUGAUGCCCCUACCGCUGCGGUAGCGUUUGCCUUGGAGUCUGAUACUAAAAAUGCUGAUACGACGGCCGCGGUGUCCGCAAUUACGGCGGCGGGCGUCGCGUCCUACGUCUCGCGCGCUCUGUUAGGUGUUCCUAGCACCACUAGAAAAGGCAGCAAAGGGCUCGCAGCAGUCGUGACGAACUGGAAACUGACAGAUGUGGGACCCCUCAUGAGCGUGGCGCAAGAUGUUGUCAUAGCCUCCUUCGUCGCAGCGGUCUUCGCCAAGGCCUUGCGAACGAGCGCCGACUUGUUCAAGAGGGCGCCGUCCGUCAACGACUCGUUGGAUGCAGCUAGAGCCGCGGCCAUCACCGGUGCGAUCACUCUAGCGGUAGGUUCGCCCAUGAUUCUGUUCUGGCACUCGGCGCCCUUUAAAGCUGCCUUAGCCGGGUCGUUGUCGCGGAACCGCGUGCUGACGCUGGCUGCGGCGAAGGUCGCGGCGACUGGUGCUUGUGUCAGUUCGCCCCUGGUCGGAGGCCUCUUCGCACCCACCCUAAUCCUGGGCGCGCUCGGCGGCGCGGCCGUGUCGCCGACCGUCGCGCGCUACGCCGCCGCGGCCUGUCUCGGGGCCUUUUUCGGCACUCCCGUCACCGGAGCACUAUUGGUCGCGGAACUGCUCAAGGCGCCGGCGCUGGUGCUGCCUUCAUUUAUUGCCGCGGUGCUCGCGCGGGCGCUGCUGCAGCGGGCGGAGUGAUUUAAGUUUUGGAGA